GCCUGCGAGGGGGUCGGCCAUGUGCUGAGCGGGCCCCGUUUGUCCUCAUCCCUCCGUCUCAGCCCGUGCGCGGCGGCUCAGUGUGGGGGGGGGGCAAUGGGGUCCCCUCAGCCCUGAGGGGUCGGGGGUCCCGACCUCCCCCAAAUCCUGAGGUUUCGGGCUGGAAUAGGGGUACUGAGCUGCCCUCCCUCAGAUAUGCUCUGAAAGUGCUGAGCUCCCUCUCCCAGCCUUGAGAUGUUGGGCCAGGCUGGGGGUGCUGAACCUCCCCAAAGAUUCCACCUCCUUCCCCCUCCUCCUUGCCCCAAAACAUCCCCAGUAUCACCACAUUUGUCCUGAUGUGUCAAACAAUGCCAAUAUUUAACUCUCAUAAAGGUGAACUGGCAGUUUUACCUAAAAGCCUGUUUGUUCGUGUUUGCUGUUUCUUGCUGAAAGGGGAUUUGAAGUUUUCCAGGUAGCCCUUGGAUUUUUACAGCUUUCCAUAAAGAAUCCAAAUCCAGGACAAAAAAAAAAUCGUCGAAUUAAUAACUCUUCCCAUGCUGUAGAGGUUUUUCCACGGCUCCAGUAUUUCUGUGCCAGGAUUCCCCAGCAUGUCUUCACUAACAGAGAAGGACAGACCAAUUGUUCAGCUCUUGCUCAACGCUGGUACUUGCCCACGAUGUAUUUUGAGGUUCUGCUGUGUGGGAUCACAGACCCUUUACAGACAUCCAGACAAGGACUUGAUGAAGGAUUUACAAGACUUCCUGAAAAAGAAUCAAGAAAAAGAAGGCACAGUUUGUUUGGAGGUGGUUGACCCACCUUGUAAGAGGAUCAGGCUUGAAGACACCGAAGAAGGUCCCGAGGAUGUGAACCACAACGGAGCCCUCCCGCGGAGUCCUUCGGAGAAUGACGGGAAUGCUGCAGUGGAGAGCUCUGCUGGGAAGGUUUGCAACGUGUGUCUGGGAAUCCUUCAGGAGUUCUGCCAGGCUGACUUUGUUAAAAGGGUGUGCCAAAAAGUUAAUUCUGCUGACUACCAGUUCACUAGUUUUGUAUUUUCUGUGUCACUCCCCCCCCAGCUCUCUGUUAGGGAGAGAGCUGCUUGGCUGGGGGUGAAGCAGGAGAUGAGGAAUCUGGGCCUUUCCUUGGAAAAGGAUGACAUUGUUCAGCUGAAGGAAGCUUAUAAGUGGAUUAUCCACCCCCAGUUGGCAGAAGAGUUGGGUGUUCCUGCUGAUGGAAAGAGUUUGUUUGAAGUCAGCGUGGUCUUUGCUCACCCAGAGACAGACGAGGAGUGCCGUUUCCUAGCCACAACCUGUCCAGACUGUUUCAAACCAGCAAAGAACAAACAGUCUGUUUUCACCAGAAUGGCAGUUAUAAAAGCCCUAGAGAAGAUAAAAGAAGAGGAUUUUCUCAAGCAUUUUCCAUGUCCCCCAAGUUCACCAAAGAACCUGUGUGAUGCUCUGGAAAUUCAGUGCAAUAACGGGGCAGUUUUUGUGGCUGGAAGGUACAACAAAUAUUCCAGGAAUUUACCUCAGACCCCCUGGAUUAUUGAUGGGGAGAGGAAGCUGGAAUCUUCAGUGGAAGAACUAAUUUCAGAGCACCUCAUGGCCGAAUUCAAAGCAGACAGCUUUAAUUUUUCUUCCUCUGGAAGAGAAGAUGUGGAUGUGAGGACACUAGGAAAUGGAAGGCCCUUUGCGAUCGAGCUGGUGAAUCCUCGCAGGAUCCACUUCACCGCCGAGGAGAUGAAGAGGCUGCAGCAGGUAAAUCAUUUGCACCUCACAGAGCCCGUGGAGCACGUGCUGCCUCUCCAACCCAGCAGCUCUAACUGGUUCCUUCUGAAAAUAUCACAGGCAAUUAAUAACUCUUCAGACAAAAUCCAGGUUCGAGACCUGCAGCUCGUCACCAGAGAGGCAAUUGGUCGUAUGAAGGAAGGUGAGGAGGAGAAGACAAAGACCUACAGUGCCUUAAUAUGGACGGACAAAGCAAUCCAGAGGGAAGACAUCGCGCUCCUGGAUGAUAUCAAGGAAUUAAAACUGGACCAGAAGACCCCUCUCCGUGUUCUGCACCGGCGGCCCCUGGCCGUGCGCUGCCGGAUCAUCCACACCAUGAGCUCCGAGUACAUCGACGAGCACCAUUUCCGCCUGCACCUCAAGACUCAGGCAGGGACCUACAUUAAAGAAUUUGUGCAUGGAGACUUUGGAAGAACAAAGCCCAAUAUUGGGUCCCUCCUGAACAGAACUGCUGACAUUCUGGAGCUGGAUGUGGAAUCUGUUGACGUCGACUGGCCUCCGACCCUGGAUAACUGACUUCCCAAGGGAUGAGGAAGCAGCAGCUCAUGACCAAACACUGUGCAGUGUUUCAGCCUGGGUGCAAAGGGUUUCCAUGGAACACUUGGAUCAUGUUGAUCUGCCAAAGGAUACCCUGACUUUGAAUCUACUUUGAACACUCUGGACCAGGUAGUGUUGGUUCAGUCCCUGGCCUUACCUUAAUUUCUUCCGUGCAUAAAAAGAUUUUGGGAAGCCAGUGCAUUCCUGAUAAAUUAGAGUUAAAGAUAACCCUCCCUCAAGUCAGAUUUCUUUUGAAACUCUUUUUAUAUUGGAUGCUCUCCUUAUCUGGAUAGAGGUAGCACAGGGUUACCUGAAAUCCCAACUCUUUCUGAGCACUGUUCCUGCAGGAAAUCCCAAAAGCCAGGGAGACUGAAGCCAGCAGGACAGUGCUGGAGCAAGUCUCCCUGCUGGCUGCUUUUUGGUCAGGGUUAGUUUUAGAGAUGGGCAAAUUUAUCUCACAAAGGGCAAAAACAUUUUUCAGAGGAAACCUUUGCACUUAAAACCAAGUUUUUCUAAUUUAAAAACAUGGGCGACACUUCCUAGAAACAACAGCUGGGGCCUCGUGAGCCCUCCAGCCUGGCCACAGUCCUCUCCAGGAGCAGGAAUUCCCCAGUGAGUCACCACAUAUAAAAAGAUUGGGAACUCCUGGCAGUGGUGCAUGAUGGGGAUCUAAAGAAAAACAGGAAUACCAAAGAACCUCAAAGUGCAGGCAGACACAAAACCUACCUGAGGAUGUUGGAAUCCAGAGACAGGGAUUAAAAAGCUUUGAUUUAGCAGCAUAAUACAAUUUUUCUAACACCCUCACCUUGGAUGGAUGCCUGGAAGACUUGAACUUGCCUGGGAUAGGGAAGAUCUGAGGUUUGUAAUUUGCUUAUUUUAAAUGUUUCCUACUAAGCACCUUCCUACAUCUUUAGGAAGAGUCACUUUUAUACCUGCAUCAUGUUAAUCCAUUAGGGAAGAUGCUUCCCUGAAGUGCAGAAGAGAGUUAAACUAUCAGCAAGAAAUUAAGGUUUGGAAUUUAAGGGCUCUUCAUUAAUUAACAUUUUGGAAAUAAAGAGCAUAAUAUUUGCCAAGACCAACCACUGUUUGGGGACAGGGAGGAUGGCUGGGAUGUCUUCCCUUUAAUUCAGUGGUGCCAGGACCUCAGACCAGAACAGCUGCAUGAGAGCUUGAGCUGGAGGCUCUAAAACUGUUCAUGAAUACAUUUUUAAGGAGCUCCUAAAAAAAUCAUCUUGAAAAAUUCUGCACUACCUGUGCUGUGCUUUCCUAGCCCUCUGCAACCACAAGUAAUUCAGAAGCUCCUGUUUUUCUAACACAAAAAUAACAGGAGCACGAUUAAGACAGCAAUAUUAGUUUUGGUUUUAAUCUUAUAGCCAAUAUGAGCAACAGAUUCCAGGAGUAGUUCUCAGAUAAUAAUCUGUAGCCAGACAGGAAGUGUCAUGAAUGAUGGAAAACUAAAGAAACCGAAUUCAGAAAACAAACAAAAAGAGAAUUUCAGUCUCACAACUGUGAUUUCUUGAAACUCAGAGUGAGCUGAAAUAUGAUUUAUAAAUUCCAUAAACUACAGGGAACAAAAAAUGUAAACAAGGCUGUGCAUUUUGGCACAACAGGCAUGAGAAGAGCUGUUCCAAGGGGGAAUGGAGCCAAAGGGGGAAGGAGAAAGGGCUGCUCCUGCUGUAGGUCAAGGACACACAAGGCACUUCCCUCUGCAGCUCCUGCUGCACUUGGGGGUCACGUCCCAAAUCCCAGUGCAGAUAAACCAGGCUAUAAACAUUGCCCUCAGUGUGCUGAGGACACAGAGAGGUCCUCCAAAAAUUCCCAAUCAUGAUAAAUGUCAAGCCUUCCAAUGAUGAUGCAAAUCCCUGCAGCUCUUGGGGCAGUUCCUGGGCAGGGAUCAUGGGCAAAUAUGAAACCCCAGGAUGCGACCUGGGGGUGUGGACUUUGCUCCAAGGCCAGUUUCCAACAGCAGGUGACAACCCUUGGAACUGUCAUGUGAGGAAUACUGCAGCAAUAAUAAUAUUCAUGGUGGACUUUGGCCUUCACCUUAUUUUUACCAGUAAAACACCACCUUGUGAGCACUCAAACUGAUGCUCUGAGAGCAAGAUUUAAUCUUGUGUUUCUCCAACUGGCCACCUCCAAGCCCCCUUCCAUUUGGGUUUUGCCCAGAGAAAGCUGUACCAGCAGCACAAAUGUGCCCAAAGCAUCUGUCCCCUCCUCCCCUCUGCCUAAAAACUCAAUGGCUCUGCAACAAAACCUUCCAUUGCUUGAGGUUUUGUAGUGGCCAUCAGUAACUGGGAGCAGAAAAUACCCAAAAAAAGCCCCAGAACAAGCAAGUGAUAACCUGCCUUGUUCCCUUUUCCCUGCCUUUCCCGUGGUGAGGGAUGUCACAAAGCUGAGGAGGUUGCAGAAGCUGAGCACUUGGUAUAACCAGUUUUUUUUAAUUACCAAACCAACUCGUUUACAAAGGAAAACAGAACUUUGAAAAUAUUUAAUUAUACAGUAAAAACAAAUUGUACUAUAAAGAGCUUUCUAUGAAGUGAGUAAAAUGUUUACAUUUAAUAUACUUAAAACUGAGAACUUCAAAAAAAAAAAAAAACAGAACUGAAUAAACAACACAUUUCAAAC